CAAAUUCAGACAAUUUCGUGUUUAACAUGGAGGUUAAUCAAACUUUAUCAGUUCACAACAAUUCUGUCUUAUUCGGUAUUCAUAAAUUCACCUGUAAAGAGAUUCAUUUAAUCUCAGCAGGUAUUAAGUUUGUUCGAGUUUCUUCACCAGGAAGACCGAAUUUGGCCAUUACCAUUUCUCCAAUUGAUAUACAAAGAGCCUAUUUCGAUAGUAGAACAGAAUUGUUAACCCUGAUCAUAGAAACUGUUCCAAGUUCGAGUUUCAAAAUAUGCGAAUCAUUACAAAUACAACGGAAUCAAGGUGAUCACAUGGAAGGAACCAUUCGUGUGGCAGUGCAAUUGAACGGAAAGAAUGAAGAAAUUCAAAAUCUAUUGGAAGAGUAUUUCGCCACCUUCAAUACUGUCACUUGGAAACUUGAUAGAAAUCUAUCUGUUAGUGCUCAUCAAUACUUCGACUUAUUAAAUAACUCUUCUCAACAACCGACAGUAAAAUCUUCAACUGAUGAUCGUCUCUUCAGUUAUCCACCUAUUGACGAAGUUGAACAUAUCUCAAUCCGUCAAUCGGAUCUCGUAUAUCGAAAAGACUUAACAUCCCCAGACAUCGCCGAAAGAUGCUACAUUUUCAGUUCAUCUCUUUACUACAAUCUUACCCGUAAAUGGCGAGCAUCGAAGUGUGGUUUCAGGGGCAUAAGAAUACACCACAAUAGAGUGGAGAAUUGGACAAAAAAUGUGAACAUUUUCGAAAAGGACUUUUUAAUUAUACCAAUUCAUAAAUUCUGUCAUUGGUUUUUGGCAAUCAUUUGUUAUCCAAGAAAAGUUCCUCUCAUGGACAAAGCAGCAUUCAAUGCGAAAAGUUCAAAAAGGCCUCGCAUACUUUUCAUGGACUCGACUCAACUAGAUCAUCGUAAAUCUGGAUUAUCUGGACCAUUACGACUCUUUCUAGCUAAAGAAUGGGAAUCAAAGAAAACGACUGAGAAAAGUUUUAGUAAAAGUGUAAUGCCUGAUAUUUAUCUCAAAGUGCCUAAGCAAACAAAUCAAUUCGACUCAGGUCUCUAUGUACUACAAUAUAUCGAGAAUUUCCUUAGAAAUCCUGAUCAUUUACUUGAAAAAGUUUCCAAAGACCCGGCUAUUAAUCUAGAGGAUUGGUUCUCUCACAGACUGGUUUCGGCUAAACGACGAACUAUUGAAAGAUUAAUUAAACAACAGCAAAAAGCUGAAGAAAUCAAGAAAAAUAGUCUUUGCGAAAUUGAUGAUUGCAAUUCUUCUUCUUCUUCUGAUUAACUUUUACGCACUAAUUCUUGAAAAAAUUUAAUUGUGACCAGAGUGUUUUUUCAUCCAUAAAGUUAUCAUCUUUUAAUGAACUUUUCAUUAUUUUAACUUUAAAGUUUUGUGAUUGUCAAACUUUUCUAUCGAAAAAAAAGUUUCAAAUCUUAUCAAUCAAACAAUCUUCAUGUAAGAAUCACAACCGGGAUAAAGAAGCAAGAAUAAUCCCAUCCAACUCAUAACAUGUUAACCACCCGGUUUAAAAGGGAUCCUCGGAGGAAAGGUUUCAAAGGUUUCACCCCAAUUCUUAUUAGAAUCUGAUGGACCUUUAAAUGGUGUAUUAGGUUUAAAUACAAGGAUAUU